GUGCGACAUUGACAGGAACGAAACAACUUUUUUCGCGACGGGUGUUUCAGGUAUUUUAGCUGAAAGCGUUCAACGAACCGGCCCGUCCCAACUCCACGGAAUGGACGGAUCACCGCGGGAAACUAAACAGAUGAUGAUGAAUAUGUUUGUGUUUGCGAAACUACUCUGGCUGAAGAGUCCCUCAACGGAUGAUUGGCUCGAACGUCGGAGCAUUGGUUUGGGCGAUCGUUUUCCGUUAAACCUGGCGAUUCUUGGAGGUCACAUUGACGCGUGAAAAGAUCCCCCUUUACCCAAGGAUACUAAUUAACGUGAUGAUGAACGGAAUCGAGGGCACCUACCGGAGAACCGGUGAAAGCGGCAUGCACGUCCACCAUCGCAACAAAUAAAACCGUUCAAAGUCUACAUGCGU